CACCAAAUAACCAUUUCAACACGUAGAUAUGGCGAUUAACCCUUCUUUGCUCUUUCUUUCUCUUCUUUUUCUCUUCAAUGGCUGCCUAGCUCGCCAGACCUUUUCGUCACAGCAGUCCCAAAAUGAGUGUCAAAUCAAUAGGCUCCGCGCCUCUGCACCCCAGACCCGAAUUCGCUCCGAAGCCGGCACCACCGAGUGGUGGAACCCCAACUGUCAACAGCUCAGGUGUGCUGGUGUAUCUGUAAUGAGGCAGACUAUUGAACCUAAUGGCCUUGUUUUGCCUUCCUUCACCAAUGCUCCUCAGCUUCUCUACAUUGUCCAAGGAAGAGGUAUUCAAGGUAUUGUGAUGCCUGGAUGUGCCGAAACAUUCCAGGAUUCACAGCAAUGGCAGCAUCAAAGCCGUGGCAGGUUCCAGGACCAGCACCAGAAAGUCCGACGGUUCCGCCAGGGUGACAUCAUUGCUUUGCCGCAGGGUGUGGUUCACUGGAGCUACAAUGAUGGCAAUGAGCGUGUUGUUACUAUCAAUCUACUUGACACUGGCAACAGUGCUAAUCAGCUCGACAACAUCCCUAGAAGAUUCCAUCUUGCUGGUAACCCAGAAGAGGAACAGAGGCAACUGAGGAGGCUAGCACAGCAGAUGCAGGGAAGAAGUGAGAGGGGGGAGGAGUCUGAGGAAGAAGAAGGAGAAGGAGAAGAAGAAGAAGAAGACAACCCCAGCCGCCGCAGCCGCCACCAGGAGGAGGAGGAGCAGGGGCGGGAAAGCUCAUCAUGCAACAACCUUCUCUGUGCCUUCGACAGAAACUUCCUCGCUCAAGCUUUCAACGUUGACCACGACAUCAUUAGGAAAAUCCAACGUGUACGAGGAAAUAGAGGCACCAUCAUCAGAGUCAGGGACAGACUCCAAGUCGUAACACCACCCAGAAUGGAGGAAGAAGAACGUGAGGAGCGCCAGCAGGAGCAGCGAUACCGCCAUACGAGAGGAGGGUCUCAAGAUAAUGGCCUCGAGGAAACUUUCUGCUCCAUGAGGAUCAAGGAGAACCUUGCUGACCCUGAACGUGCCGACAUUUUCAACCCACAAGCCGGUCGUAUUUCCACCCUCAACAGGUUUAACCUCCCCAUCCUCCAACGACUUGAGCUCAGCGCCGAGAGGGGUGUCCUCUACAACAGAGCUGGUUUGAUUCCACAAUGGAACGUCAACGCUCACAAAAUACUCUACAUGUUAAGAGGCUGUGCCAGAGUCCAAGUGGUGAACCACAACGGCGACGCAGUGUUCGACGAUAACGUGGAGCAAGGUCAGCUCCUGACGGUGCCACAGAACUUUGCGUUCAUGAAACAAGCAGGAAACGAAGGAGCCGAAUGGAUUUCCUUCUUCACCAAUAGCGAAGCCACCAACACCCCAAUGGCUGGAAGUGUCUCCUUCAUGCGAGCACUGCCGGAGGAAGUGGUGGCAGCGUCGUAUCAGGUGUCAAGAGAAGAUGCAAGGCGGAUUAAGUUCAACAACAAAAACACCUUUUUCUUCACUCCUUCACAGUCCGAGAGGAGGGCCGAUGCUUAAACUCCAGCCGAUGCCAAUGCAAUCAAAAUCAGGGGGAUCUUUGUAGGGUAACGUAAGUAGGAAGUAAUAAAAAGAGUUGCAGAGCUAUGUCCGCCAUGGAUUUUGUUGUUGAUCGUUGAGGUACUGAAAGAUUAGGGUUUAGAGGAUGAAUAAUAAAAAGAAAGGGUCUUACAAGGCAGCCCUUUCAUUUCAUGUAAUCGGCUGAAAUGUUACAACUUCAAUAUAUGUAACUUUCUAAUAUCUACUUUUA